AUGGAGCGCGCUGGCCCAUGUGGACGAACGUGCAAUGAGGGUUUGGCACCGGGGGGAGCUGGAGAACGUGCAGGAGAAGACUGUGAGUUCGGGGCCGCCAAGCGGGAAAGCGGUGGGAUCGGCAUCACGCGUUUUUCGGUGUGGUGUCCUGGCAAGGAGUGUUGUUUCCGCAUUGAGUGCCUUGGAGGGUGUGGAAGAAUUUGCAAAGGGCGUUUGGUACUGGAGAGAACUGGCGAACGUGCAGGAACAGACCGUGAGCUGGGCAUGCGCGAGAAGCUAAACAGUGGGAUGGGCAUGACGCGUGUUUCAGCGUGGCACCUUGGCAAGGAGUAUUGCUGUAACAUUGAGGGCGUCGGCGGGUGUGGACGACUCUGCGAGCAGUGUUUGGUAGUGGAGAGUGCUGGCGCCCCUGCAGGAGCAGACUUGGACAAACAUUCGAACAGUGUUUGGCAGUGGAGCGAACAGGCGAACGUGCAGGAGCAGACAGAAAGUGGAAACAUUGUUGGGGACUGGGCAUGUGUUGACGACCGUGCAGGAGCAGACAGUGAGUUGGAAUAG